CUGGGAAAUUCCCGGCAGUGACGUGACAGAGCUGGGAAGUCCCUCCAGGGCAGUUAAAUGCCGCGAUGGGAAGUUCAGCUCAGCACACGCUACACAGUCAACAUGAGUUCCACACUUCACACAUGCCGCUCUCUGCUAGCGCUGCUGCUCUGCAUCUACCUCUUUACAGCCCAAAAGGCAGAAGCUACACACGUCCCCAGAGGAUGCGUGUGUCCUAAAUCAGUCUCCAGAGUCAAGGCACUCCUGUCCAGCUUCAUAGUCUCCUCAAAAGGAUCAAACUGCGACAAAGUUGAAAUAAUAGUUGUUCUGAAGCGGAAUAAUCAGACCGCGUGUCUGAGUCCAGAUGGGAGACAAGGCAAGAAACUACUCCACUGUUGGGAAAGGAGUGAGAAAACUGGAAUUGACAGGGUAAAAGAAUGUCUUCGGAAGCUGAGGCCUAAGAAAACAGGGCAACGGAGACAAAAGGUCAAAUCCAAGAAGGUCACGUCGUGACUUCUCACACCACGUCUCUGACUGGGAGAAAUGGGACAGACGGGGGGGGGGGGGUAAAUGGGAGCGGAUGAAGAUGGGCCAGUGCGAAGCCACUGGUGAAGCAGCGCCUGAGGUGACCCUCCCAUGCCCCCCCCCGAGGACGCACUUCCACGACGUUUUUGGCACACAGAGCUCACAGAAUCUGUGAUGUGACAUAACUCACUGUACAAAGCCAUCGCCAGAUAAUAAUCACAGAUGCUUCCAUCUGAGCCAGCUGCAGCAUAAGGUUGAUUUUACAUGUGUAUUCUUCCAUGCCAGGUUUAGAAAGACUGAAUAAAGAUAUCUGUAUCUAGGCCAGUGUGAAGAGGUUGACUGCUGACUAUCUUUCUUAUCUGCAGCAGAUUAAGAGGGGUGAUUAUAGAAUCCCUAUUUUUAAGAUAGUUUUAUUCUACGACUCUUUUCAUGGUCAGGUUUCUCAACUGCCAGAGAUGCUACAUGUUUUGACAAAAAUGUGGGAGGUAUUUUUAUCAAGUUUUUUGUUUGUUUGUUUGUUUGUCUGUUUUAUUUUUGCUCUUUUUGGUUUGCGAAUAUCCGGAAUGCGGGCAUUUUUGAAGAAUGUGAAAAAACACACUACACUGCAGUGUAACAAUUGUCUGUUUGUCUCUGCUAUUUAUUUACAAGAUGUACUGUCAAUAUGUUAUACCAAUAAAUAUAUAAG